UUCUAAUUAAAAACAUUCCAAAUAAUAGUCGCAUUUUUAGACAUAGUCUCUCUAUCUAAUCUGUUCUCUAAUUGUAAUCUGUGUUUAAUAUGUAUAUGUAAGACUAAAUCUUAAUAUUUAACUGAAUUUCUAAUUUCAGAUUUAAGAAUUUUAUUUGAAAUGAAUUCAUAUUGUACUAAUUAAAGUCAUUGUUCCUAUUGAUUUAGGACGUAGUUUUCGAAGGGAUCUGUUUGUGUACACUUAUACAAGAGGUAGAUAAUACGUAGAACUUUAGCAAUUUGCUAUCUUAGCAGUCUGUGAUUUUAGCAACAAUCAGCAUUACAAGAAGUACAAAAAUAUGGAUUUUCGACGUAAGCAUAAACAUGAAGAUAAUUUUAAUGAGUCUCCCACGUAUUCGAGAUUGUUUGUGGUUACGGAAAAAAAAGUAACUGAAGAGCAACUCAGAGAUGCAUUCACUACAUUUGGAAAUGUCGAAGACAUACGUAUACCUCGUGAUCACAAUACAGGCGAAAGUAAAGGUAUUGCUUAUAUAAAAUUUUCUAAAACAACGGAAGCCGCUGCUGCUUUGGAGGAAAUGAAUUUAAAAGUACUUCCUAAUUCUAACCGCCCAUUAAAAGUCAUGGUAGCCGUUAAUCGCUCCGAUAUCCAGACCGACGAUGAUUAUGACGAAAAAUAUAGAAGAAUAUUUAUAACUAUCCCAAAAACCAUGUCAGAAAAAGAGAUUAAAGAUGAGUUCUCUGACUUUGGCCAUGUAGAAUAUAUUCGCAUACAGAGAGAACGCAACACUGGAUUUUCCAAAGGGUUUGCUUAUGUCAAAUAUACAAAAUUCUCAGAAGCAGCCCGGGCAUACGAAGACUGUGAUCCAAAGUAUAGAGCUAUCUUUGCUUUGCCAAAAUCCAACAAUAAACGUUUAGAGACAACAUUUGAGUCUAACAUCAACUCUCUAGCCAUGUCUUCAAUUGGAUCAAAGACUUCACUUUUAUCAGCUAUGAAUGUACGUCCUGGUAAUUACACUAAGGUUAAUUUCACAUGUUCCCCUUACCUUACUCAACUACAUGUUGAGAGGAUUUUUGAUAUUGUACCAGGAAUGGUACAUUGUCAGUACUAUGUUGAUUUGAUGCGUAAUUAUGGUAAAGGUACCGCUUCUUAUUCAAAUCCUAUUUCUGCAACUUAUGCAGUUGAGAAAUUAAAUAAAUUUGAAUAUCCACCAGGUGUUAAAAUUUUCGUUAGGCCCGCUGACUCAAAGUUUGACCCCCAUGAAAAAAACUUCACCAACAUACCUAAUGCAGUGAGCAAUUUGAAGAAUGCUAUUACUGCAACUGCUAGCUCUUCUCCUCCUGACCUGGCACAGUUGGCUGAAGCUAUCGCUGAAGCCUCAAAAUUAAUUAAAAUGGCUACCACAGGUGUAAGUGACGAAGACAUGCCUGAUAGCAAUGAAUUGAACUAUUGCAGUGUAAAAUUGCCCAGUCCACAACCAUUGGCUGACAUAGACAGCCCUGUAGCAAAAAGAUGUUUCUUGGUAUGCAAGCCACAACCUCCCCCACUUACAGUUUUAAGAGAUGUUUUCUGUCGUUUUGGGAACUUAAUUAAUGUUUAUACUUUGCCUAAUAAAACAGUAGGGUAUGCUCGAUAUGCCACUGCUGAGGCAGCAGAUGAAGCUAUCAGGGUAUUGCACGGAGCAGAAAUUUGUGGUGUCCGAAUGAAAGUACUGGAGGCAGAUGAUGAAGCACCUCCAAAGAGAGCUAGAUAUUCAGAGCAAUCAUUAAAGGAAGAUCAACAUAUGACGAGCACAUAUUAACCCUAAACAUUCCAUAAGAAUAUCUACAGACUACAAAUAGUUUGGACAGGGACAUAGACACCUACGGACUACCAAUUAUUUUGACAAUGUACUGACAAAUAAAAUUAUUUCAUUUA